AUGAAGUGCUCGAUUACUUUAGCUGCCUUUACAGCAAUUUUAAUGGUGUCCGCCAGCCCAGUCGUCACAAAACGGGACGUGUACAGCGUCACAGAUAUCGAUAUUCUUCAAUAUGCCCUCACUCUUGAACAUCUCGAAGAUAAGUUAUAUAGAGAAGGCCUGGCCAACUAUACACGUCAAGACUUCAUCGAUGCAGGGUUCGCAGACCCUUUCUACGCAAACCUCCAAGAAGUCUCUGCUGAUGAGACCACACAUGUCUCAUUCCUUUCGACUGCUCUUGGUGGGCAAGCAGUUGCUGAAUGCACCUAUGCAUUUCCUUCUUACAAUGCCGCAUCUUUCGUCGCACUCGCUGCAGUCCUCGAAGGCGUUGGCGUGUCAGCAUACCUAGGUGCCGCAGCAUCCAUCGCCAAUCCCGGUUAUCUUACAGCUGCCGGCUCUAUUCUUACCGUUGAAUCACGCCAUUCAGCAUAUCUACGUUCCUCCCUCCACGAAUCACCAUCGGCUCAACCAUUCGAUAUCCCUCUCGACUUUGAUGAGGUUUAUUCUCUCGCCGCUCAAUUUAUAGUCGAAUGUCCAUCUACGAACGCGCCUCUGCCCGUCAAAGCCUUUCCUGCUCUCGAGGUUCACGCAAAAAGCAGCUGCAUUCACUCGGGAGACACAAUCACUCUGUUGACUCCAGGUUACGAGUUUGUAGCGGCAGAUGGCGCGUCAUCUAUGUAUUUCGCUUUCCUGACUGUUACGGGGCCCCUUACUGGUAUUGCAACCCCUGUUCAAGGAGGUUUCCAGAUUGUUGUACCGGAAGGUAUUGACGGACAAAGCUAUGUCGUGUUGACUGGGCGUAAAGAGGACGUUAACGACGAGACUAUUGCCGCUGGUCCAGCCAUUAUUGAGAUUACCAAUGUGAAGACUUGA